AUGGCGAGAUUGGGCCUCUCCGUCGUCUCCACCUUCUCCUUCGGCUUCCUCCUCAGGAUGGGCAGCGCGCUGGAGACGCUGUGCGGGCAGGCGUACACCGCGGGGCAGCUGGACCUGCUGGGCGUCUACGAGCAGCGCAUGAACCUGAAUGGUUGGGAGGCGAUGUUGUUCAUCGGGCUGAACGCGGCGAUCAGUGUGCGCGUGUCCAACGAGCUGGGCUCCGGUCGGCCGCGUGCCGCCAAGCACGCGGUGGCGGCGGUGGUGGCGCAGUCGCUGGCCAUGGGGCUGGUGGGCAUGACGCUGGUGCUAGCGUACCGCAACAGCUUCAUGGUGCUCUUUCACGGCGAAGCGGGACAUGCAGCGGCCGUGGGGAAGGUGGCGCCGUCUUUGGCGGCGACCAUGGUGCUCAACGGCGUCAGGCCGGUGAUCUCCGGUGGUAUCCAUCGGCGGCGGUUUGCAGUGUUGGUCACCUACAUCAACCUUGGUUGCUACUACGCUGGUGCAGUUCGGUUGAAUCGAUGA